AUGUCCAAUCUGCCCGACAACUUCGGGAAUCUUCUAGCCUUGAAGGCCCUGGUGCUGAACAGGCUGCCACUUCUCUGUCUCCCUGCUUCCUUCACCAGACUCGCAUCUCUGGAGUCGUUGAUUUUGUUUGGGUGCAAGGAGGUGGAGGAGCUACCUGCAGAAGACAUGGGCGGCCUCACCAAUCUCCACACCUUCCAUCUCAAAGAGAGCAGGCAAGUGCAGCUGCCGUCCUCAUUCACGCAGCUGGAGUUGCUGACCAGGUUGGAGCUGGAUCGAAAUGUCCGCAGUGUGAACAGGCUGGUGGAAUCUGACAGCCCGGCGUUGCAGGAGCUACGGCAGCUGAACAUCACCAGGUGUCGUGAACUCACGGAGCUGCCUGCUGCCAUCACCACUCUUCACCACCUGACAUCCCUUCACAUCUACGCGCCAAGGUUAUCUUCCCUUCCAAAUGCCAUUGGGGCAUUUUCAAGACUGCGCAAGCUGGACUUUUCACGGUGCUUAUCACUCACGCACCUCCCUACUUCCCUCACGCAGCUCUCGUGUCUGCAUGAGCUGAACGUCAGCGUCACCCGCAUCCAUUUUCUUCCUCCUGGCUUUGCUCAGCUCAGCAGACACAAGAAGCUUGACAUCUCUGGCUGCACAAAACAGAAGCUCACGUGCAAGGGGACAGAAAUACCGUAG